CUUGCCGCCAUUGCGUUUUCGUUCCCCACCGAGUUGGCAGCCCUGGCUCUCGCACACAAAAAUCUCAUUAAUUAGUUCGCAUUUUAGACGACGAAGCAGCAGCGAUUCCAGGGGUCAGCUUCGAAACCCAAAAACAACACUUGACCUGCGAACUUUCACACUGUUCAACAUAGCCAACUAAUUUUUGUACGUGAACAAGAAGCCGCAACCAAGUAUUCAUGUAAACAUUUAUACAAUCCUGUAUAUUGGAACGGACAAAUAUUUAUAAUUUAAAAGCAAAGCAAGCAAGAUAAUCGAAGGACCGUGCCCCCGAAGGAACCCCGAGUCCCAGGAAUCCAAACCCCAGGACCCCCGGAAGCGGUGUCACUCGAUUAUACAUAGUGCGACAAAUCAUAUAUAUUCCAAAACACUCCAUUAGCGUUUAGUUAGGACAGAUAUAUUUAUACAUAUAGAUGUUUAACGAAAUUUUCAAUUAGGCGCCAGAUUAGGAACGAAGCAAAGCAAUAAACGACGAACCUCAACGUUAGGCAGAUAGAUCUACCUACCUAGAUGCAGCAAAUAUAGUUUAUAUAAUUCAUAUACCAGCCAAGUCGAGAGUGAGUCGAUAAAAGUAGUAGUAGAAUAUUUAAUAUAUUCAAAUUUCUAGCCGAGUUCUCUGUUAUCAGCUAGCACCUUUUAGAUUGCCGCAAAGACACCUGUUUAAUUAGCAGAUAUUUAGAUUUUGUACGUAGCUAGGAACAUCAGCAAAUUUUUUGAUAUUGACCCUUCCGAUUGAUGCGGCCAGUUGAAUUUGCAAUUCCAGUCCGAGUGUAGAGUUUGUCGUUGUAGUCUAGAGUAGAUUCUAAUCCCAAAACCGAUCGAAACCACAGUCCAAGGACAUUCACACAUUCGCCAUGGACGAGUCACAGCCGAAAACCCUGUAUGUGGGCAACCUGGACAGCUCCGUCUCUGAGGAUCUGCUUAUCGCCCUCUUCAGCACCAUGGGCCCCGUUAAAAGCUGCAAAAUCAUCCGCGAGCCGGGCAACGAUCCGUACGCCUUCAUCGAAUAUUCCAACUACCAGGCAGCCACCACAGCCCUGACCGCCAUGAACAAACGACUUUUCCUCGACAAGGAGAUCAAGGUCAAUUGGGCCACCAGUCCCGGCAAUCAGCCCAAGACAGACAUCAGCUCGCACCACCACAUAUUCGUGGGCGACCUCAGCCCCGAAAUCGAAACGGAGACGCUGCGCGAGGCUUUCGCCCCUUUCGGUGAGAUCUCCAACUGUCGGAUCGUGCGUGACCCGCACACCAUGAAGUCGAAGGGUUACGCCUUCGUAUCGUUCGUAAAGAAAGCAGAGGCAGAGAACGCCAUACUGGCGAUGAACGGUCAGUGGAUUGGCUCGCGGUCGAUACGCACCAACUGGUCCACGCGUAAGCUGCCGCCACCACGCGAGCCGUCGAAGGGCGGUGGCCAGGGAGGCGGAAUGGGCGGUGGACCGGGAGGAAAUGGAUCCGGCGUAAAGGGCAGCCAACGGCACACCUUCGAGGAGGUGUACAACCAGUCUAGCCCCACCAACACCACCGUCUACUGCGGCGGCUUCCCGCCGAACGUCAUCAGUGACGAUCUGAUGCACAAGCACUUCGUCCAGUUCGGUCCCAUCCAGGAUGUGCGGGUCUUCAAGGACAAGGGCUUUUCGUUUAUCAAGUUCGUCACUAAAGAGGCGGCCGCCCGGGCCAUCGAGCACACGCACAACAGCGAGGUUCACGGCAAUCUGGUCAAGUGCUUCUGGGGCAAGGAGAACGGCGGCGACAAUUCGGCCAAUAACAUCAAUGCCGCAGCCGCUGCGGCAGCAGCCUCCGCCAAUGUAGCCGCUGUGGCAGCAGCAAAUGCGGCGGUGGCCGCCGGAGCGGGAAUGCCCGGUCAAAUGAUGACACAGCAACAGAUUGCCGCCGCCACUGGAGCGGCGAUACCCGGCCAAAUGAUGACGCCCCAGCAGAUUGCCGCCGCCACAGCGCAGUAUCCGUACGCUUAUCAGCAAAUGGGAUACUGGUAUCCCCCAGCGGCUUAUCCCACAACCCAAAUGCAAACGCAGUACAUGCAGCAGGGCUACUACCCCUACGCCUAUACAACCAGUGCUCAGCAAGCGGGAGGUGUUCCUGCCGGAUACCGCAUGGUGCCGCCGAACGUGGCAUGGGGCGUGCCCGGAACUGUGGUGCCCGGUGUAACGGCCGCCGCAGCAUCCGCGGCCGCAGCAGCGAACGGUUCACUUGCCCCCCAGAUGAUGUACAGUGCUGCGAUGCCACAAUACCAGACCCAAUGAGCUGAGAUGUGACGCCAGCUUCGACGCCGUCUGCAGCAUCCGGGCAGUCGCCCCCAGCCGCAGCCACAACCACCACUGCUGUCCCAGCUGCCGCAAUUGCAGCACUUGCAAGCGCAUUACGCACGCUUAGGUUACGUACAAUACCGAGUUGUUCCGGGCAAGGCGGAACCGCUUUUGGCCCUGCCGGCGAUGACUAACGAAAUUGGCGGUGGUGCGGCAGCAGGCAAUUAGGAGAAGGCCAGACGCGCGAGCGUCCAGUUCGGAGUUGUGGCUACGGUUGCGGCCGAUUGCGGUGGGCGGUUGCGGACUUGACGGGGCGGAGGGUCAACUCUUAAAACCCCUUCAAGUCAUAGGUCGAGGCGGGGCGUGGAGCUCAACUUAAAGUGAACCACGCCGGCGACAACUGAAACAACAUCAACUGAAAAGCUCCGGGCGAUGGGCGGGUAGCUGUAACAAUCUAAUCCAAUCUAAGUACGUGUUAAAAUAAUUUAAAGAUUUGUAAUUUAAGCAGAAAUAGGCGUAUAAACGAAACGGAAACAAAAUAAACCGAAUGAGAAAUUAAAAACAAAAACUAAAAAAAAACAGAGAACGGAGAAGGCAGAACGCGCGACAGCAGCAAAGAAAACACAAUCUAAACAACAAAUCGUGACAAAGCAAAUUGUAAUUGUAACUAUGUGGAACAUGUGUCAACGAAAACUGAAGAUGGAAAGGGAGGAUGUCAGUAGGAUGAGAAGAAAGCCACAAGCAAGCCGAAUGCAAAAACAAGAGGAAAAACAAAUUUAGCAACUAAGAGAAUGUAAAUUCGAGCAUACAUAUUGUGUAUUUCCAAUGUGGAAAACGAAAUGCGAUAUAAAUAUGUAAAAUGUAAAAUAAAGAAACAAAAAAAUAUAUAAAAAAGUGAGAAAAACAA